CUGGUUCACUUCAAUCUCAUUUAGGAUCCUGGUCGUGCUGACUGCUGGGAAAUAUUCCCAAUAAGGCUGCAUUGCAUUGCCUCGGUGACGCGCACUCGCCAAGCAGCCAGCGUGUCGGGAGCGCGCAGCCAGAGCCGGGGAGAGGGAGAUAGAGAGAGGAGAGAGGAGAGAGAGAGAGAGAGAGAGAGGGAGGGAGCCAGCAGGAAAGGAAAGGAGAAGAGAAAGAGAGAGAGCGACAAAGAGCACCUGGGAGGAUGGAGAGCUGCCCUCACACGCUGGUUCUAUAACGCCCUGGGAUCACAGGGCUUUAUGCAAAGAGCGGGUCGUGCAUUGGUGUCGAGGAGAGAGAAGGGAAGAUGUUGCCUUCACAGGAAGCCUCCAAAAUCUACCAUGACAAUUACAUGCGUAACUCCAGAGCCAUCGGCGUGCUGUGGGCCAUCUUCACCAUUUGCUUCGCGAUUAUUAACGUGGUGGUUUUCAUCCAGCCUUACUGGAUCGGAGACAGUGUCAACACGCCCUAUGCCGGCUACUUCGGCCUUUUCCAUUACUGCGUCGGGACGGGUUUAAACAGCCGGGAUUUAAUCUGCCAGGGAACCUUCUCCGAUUUCUCCAGCAUCCCGUCGACUGCAUUCAAGGCGGCGGCGUUCUUCGUGCUGCUAUCCAUGGUGCUGACCCUCGGCUGUAUCACUUGUUUCACUCUGUUCUUCUUCUGUAACACGGCCACUGUCUACAAGAUCUGCGCUUGGAUGCAGCUUCUAGCAGCUGUUUGCCUUGUGUUGGGAUGUAUGGUAUUCCCCGACGGAUGGGACUCAGAAGCCGUGAGACACAUGUGCGGGGAUAAAACGGGGAAGUACAUACUGGGGAACUGUUCCGUGCGCUGGGCGUAUAUCCUGGCCAUUAUCGGAAUCCUGGAUGCAUUAAUCCUCUCCUUCCUGGCAUUUGUACUUGGCAACCGGCAGAACGAGCUCCUUCAGGAAGAUCUCAAGGUCGAGAACAAAGAUUUCACCGGUCCCGCGAGGAUCUGAUGUGAGAUCGACAUCCAAUGCUGCAGCCACCUCAUAACUUGCCAACAUCACUGAGAUUAAAAACGCCUUUAAUCACCCCACCAACACAACGAUACUGACCUUUUUAACUGAAGAAAAAAAUGGGAAAAAAUAAAGAAUGUCACAAGGGAAAAGCAACCACAAAAAGAAUAAUAAUACAUCUGCAAAGGCUGCCAUGUCCCCUGCUCCACAGGUUAUAGGAAAUUGCUGCUCCAGAGAUAUACUUCCAGCAGUAUUCUCUGCAGAACGACAAGUUAGGCACAGUACUUCACUGCAAGGAGCCUGGAUCAAACAGUAUGUAUUCACCAAACAGGAUUGACUUUGCAGACAUCAGGUGCACACAACCUUUGUGUACAGCAGUGUUGGUAUUUGAUUCUGUACUUCGUUCUGUACUUUCACGACAAGACUGUAAAGUUGAUUUGAUAUUUUUCUGUACAAACAAAAAUGAUGAACUAUAUAGUGUAAAUUCUACUAAAUACAGGGUAAGAUAGGAUAUAGUGGCACAUGUAUAAAGAAUUUUCACAAGAUGUUGCUACGUGCCGGCAGGCUUUCCCAUCGAUCAUUUGUUAUACUGGGGGUGACAGAGGGUAUAUUAUGCAAACUCUCCAGUUUAAAAACAUAUGCUGCUUUAUUAACCUCCCUCAGCUCCUGGUCCAAAUUGCUGUUCAUAGCAAGGUUAGUCCAGUUUGGCCUAGCGCUCAAAAGAGCUGAUUUGGUCUGGGUUGGGAUCCUUGGUGUUUGCUCUCCAGUGCAAUUGCUUCAAUUUGCACCUUGUGCUGGGAACACUGGUCACCAAGAUGUGUGCAUGUGAUUAACAGGAGAAAGAGCUUUCCAUCCUCCACUUCAUCUGAAGGCCCUCCUCCAUCUUUUUCCAUUAGAAUGUACUGCCAGGCAUUGCCCAUCUCCAUCCUAUUAAGACCCUGGUCUAAAUUUUGAAAAU